AUGAAGGACUGGUUAACGUGUUUCAUUAGUCAGCGAGCAUCACGACUAAAUAAGCACCUACUAAAACUCUACAUUAAUAAUGCGCGUUGCAGCGCGAAACUAAAGAUCGGACUUCCCCCACACACGGUGUAUCAAGCUCAAAAGCCCGUAAUUGCAGCUGUUGGGAAGCUGGUUGAACUCAUCCAGGAACCGAGCAAUAGGUUGUUGGAAGUGAGCUCGCAAUAUUGGGAAUCUCUAUGUUUGUUCAUUGCAGUGGAAAGGAAAAUUCCUGACAUAAUUGCAUCUGCUCGUCGGACAGCAACGGAGUCUCUUGUAAAGAAAUAUUCUGCUCCACGGGAAUCGAAGACUAGGAUACUUCGCUGUCUAUGUUCUAUCGGGAUAUUCACCGAACCUGAACCAGGCUAUUUCGCAAACAAUCACGUAUCAAAGGCAUUGCAUGAGAAUGAGCCAUUGAGAGCCUAUAUCUUGCUCUUCGGUCCUGACCUUUAUACUACCUCUGACCAUCUUCCCACUACGUUGCUGUCAAAGGAUAAAGGAGUUUCGUACGAUGUGGAUAAGACAGCCAUCCAAAAUGCAGUGGGUACAACAAAGACUAGAUGGGACUGGCUUGAGGAGAAAGUCCCUAUGGACGAAUUGCGCGGCAAGAACGGCGGUUAUCCCGGAGCUCCUGAACUUGUGCCAUUGCUCGAAAAGGCUCAUGAAAAUGUCAACUCUAGUCUGACAGUAGGUGGCUCAAUAAACGGGAAUGUAUCUAAUGACGCUGUCCAAGCAGACUCUUUGCAACCAGAUCUACACUCGCGCCCAGAACAUGCGAUCUUUGGGAUUGCUAUGAUUGGAGGAGGGGAAAUUACUGGUUUGUCAAGCUUAAGGGAAGCUACCGUGGUUGAUGUUGGUGGUGGCGCCGGGGGGUUUUCCAUGCAGCUAUGGCAACGAUAUGCUUCCCUAAAAUUUGUGGUUCAAGAUAGAGAACCAGUGCUCCUCCAGGCGCAGAAGAAUGUGUGGCCGAAAGCUUUGCCUGCAGCAUUAAGCGGCGGACGAGUCACCUUCAUGCCGCAUGGCUUUUUCCAAGACCCAAUAAAUGGGGCGGAAGUCUACUGGCUUCGGUAUAUAAUGUAA